AUGAUCCACCCUCCCGACGUGAUCCCGAAGUACGCCCCUGACGCCGCCAUCGGCAAGCUUGGGGCAGGCGGAGGUGAGGACAAGCCGAAGAAGGAGAAGAAGGAGAAGAAGGAGAAGUCUGGCGGCGGGGGCGGCGGCAUGACCAUGGCGGAGGUCGCCAAGCACACCAGCAAGACAGAUUGCUGGGUAGUCGUGGCUGGUGAGGUGCUCGACGUGACCUCGUUCCUGAGCCAGCACCCUGGAGGCGAGCUGGCCAUCCUCACGUUCGCCGGGAAGGACGCCACCGAGGAGUUCAACAUGAUCCACCCUCCCGACGUGAUCCCGAAGUACGCCCCCGACGCCGCCAUCGGCAAGCUUGGGGCAGGUGGAGGUGCCGACGAGGAGGACGACUCGGACGACGACUCGGACUCGGACGACGACUCAGACUCGGACGAGGAGGAGGAAGUCGGUGGCGGCGGCGGCGGGUACACCCUGGAGGAGGUGGCGAAGCACACCAGCAAGACCGAUUGCUGGGUCAUCCUCGGCGGGAAGGUGCUGGACGUCACCAGCUUCUUGUCGCAGCACCCAGGGGGCGAGCUCGCCAUCCUCACGUUCGCCGGCAAGGAUGCCACGGCGGAGUUCGACAUGAUCCACCCGCCCGACGUGGUCGGCAAGUACGCACCAGACGCAGUCAUCGGCGACGUUGGCAGCGGCGGCGGAGGCGGCGCGAAGAAGAAGAAGGAGAAGAAGUCCAAGAAGGGCGGCAAGCCUGUCGUCAUGGACAAGGGCGACAAGAUCGCCAACCACCAGGCCUGGGGGCACCUCGACGGCCGGGACAACUGGCGCGAGGGCGUUAUGGACAGCAACCCGGGCGUGUUCCUGAUCAACGUGCGGGCCUACUUCUACGCCGCCUGGUACCUGCUGAGCGCCGUCCUCUACGAGGUCGCCGCGACGAUCUUCGUCAACAAGAAUUUCAAGAUUACUGGCGACCGUGUUGGCCUCACCCGCAGCGCGAUCUUGCUUGUCUUGUUCAUCGUGAUCCACGCUGUCGGCAACCUCCACGUAUUCAAGGGCCCCGAUGACUUCAACGGCUACGGCUAUUUCUACGUGCGCCUGUACUGGACCGGCUUCGGGCUCCCUGCCAACAUCGUGGAGGAGUACAUCUUGCUUUCCGUCCUCCUGCACGUGCUCGCGGGCCUCAAGCGCACGUGGGAUUCGUCCCUCAGCAGGUUCAAGGCUGACAAGCGAGCACUCGACCUCGCCUGCACGGGCCUGAUCCUGCUCACUUUCAUGACCGUUCACCUGUUCCAGUUCCGCUUCGGCAACACGGACCAGUUUGGACCGUACAUGAUCCGCCCCCCUCCCUACCUCAUCAAUUUCUGGGGCGUGUUCGAGCUCGACCUCUUCUGGACGAAGGACGCCUCGAUCCAGCCAGUGGGGGUUCGCGACAUCUACGCGCUCGAGUUCAAGCUCUUCAACGAUUCCAUCGCCCUCAGCUUCUUCUACAUGUUUGCGGUCGUCGUGUUCAUGGUCCACGGCUGCCUCGGCUGGAAGAAGCUCGUCCCGGCCUCGGCCUUCGGCAUCCCGAAGAAGCACCAGCCGAUGGUGACCAAGUACGGCUACGCCAUCUUCAUUGGCAUCGGCCUCGUCUACAUCUCGUUCCCGUUGUACUGCCUCCUCACGGUCCCGUUCAACGGCUACGAGAAGGACAUCAACACCGGCCGCAUCGAGACUGGAACCAUCUGA